UUUUAUUUCCAUAUCAUCUUUAGAUGUUGCAAUUAAGAAUAGAAAGCAACUUAAUUUGAAUGAUUAAGUUAAACCACUAUAACAUAAGUUAAGAAAAGGAUAAUAUGGUCCAAGAAAAAGUUAACUUAAUCCAAGAAAAGGUUAACUUAAUCCGAGAAAAGAAUCACAUAAUCCGAAAAAAGAGUAACAUAGCCCAAGAAAAGGCUAGCUUACUCCGAGAAAUUGCCGACAUAGCUCUAGAAAUGGCUAGCAUAGCUAGAGAAAGAGUUAACAUUGUCCGAGAUAAGGGCAACAUAAUCCGAGAAAGAUGUAACAUAAUCCGAGAAAAGGAUAGAAUAGUUCGUGAAAAUGAUAACAUGGUCUAUGACAAUAUGAUACACGAGAAGGAUGCUAUGAUCCAUGAGAAGAGUAUCAUGAUCCAAGAGAAGGAUGCCAUGAUCAUACCACGAUCCACGAGAAGUAUUACAUGAUCCAAGAGAAGGAUGCCAUGAUCCACGAGAAAGAUGUCAUGAUUCAAGAAAAGGAUAAAGAAAUUCAAGGGAUUUAAAGAAAUAUAAUAAAAUUCAAUAAGAGGAUUCAAAAAAAGGAUAAACAAAAGAUAAGAAAUCUAAUUAUCAAAUGAUAAUAAAAAAUAGUCCAGUUAAAGAUGUUUAUAUUAUUCCGUAAGUAUAUAGAAAACGGAUAGAAGUUGCUAUGUAUACAAUUAAAAAAAUCGUGUAGUUGAUGGAAUGAUACAACCAAAGUAUAACUUAUUAAAUUAUGACAAUGUAUUUUUGGAGAUCUUGGAGAGGAUUUAAUAAAUGUUAAAAAAAAAAUA